AUGCUCGCGAUAGGCAUACUCUCUGUCUGUCUUGUGGGCUUUGUUGGCGCCCAAUUAGAUGCCUUUGCCCUUCCAUCUGCUGCAAGGUAUGCACCAAAGCCAACUGUACCUCCAGAGUUUUCCAACUACUUCGAAUUGGAUGGACAUGCUCGCGAAUUGGUGGACUCUCUGCUAGGACCACGUCCAGGAGGUCUCUUCCCAGAGAAGACGUUCGAGAUUGGAGCACCACAGAUUCCAGUUCAAAAUGGAAACCAACCAAUUCAUAAGGUUUCCAACUUGGAGAGAACGCUCGAGUCAUUCUUCACUGCCCCAGAGACUCCACCAGGACAAGCUCUCCCACCAGGCUUCGGAUCAGGAUUCUCUCUUUUGAACAACAACAAGGCUUUGACAUCAUUCGGAGACAUCCGGAGAUCACCAUCCAACAAGCAAGAAGACGCUGAAGUCGAAGGAUCAGGAGAUGGAAAGAGCUCUAUUGCUGGAAUCCCAAAUGUGUUCCCAAAGCUCCCAAAGCCACCAACUGAGCGUCUCGAGCCCGUCAAGACCGUUGCCGUUCAAAGAGAUGCCAUCGGAAUGCCAGUCAUCGAAACUGCUCCAUCUGUCCCAGAAGGAGGAUUCCUUCCAUCUUCCGAUGUUCGCCGUUCCCCAGCUUCUGUCUCUGAAGUAUCCCACUCCAUCGAUGACAAGGCUGACGACUUGAACACAGAGGAGUAUGGAGGUCUUUCUGAUGACUCUAACUCAUCUGGAGGCGGUUUGAUUGGAACUAUUUUCAACCUCAUCAAACUCGGAGGAAAGAAGGCAAAGGAUGCACCAAAGGCUGGAAUCACCAAGGCUGCUGAGGAGAAGAACUCAAUUGGAAAAGCCGUGUCAAGUCUUCUCGGAGGAGAGAACAGCCCACUUCCAAAACCAGGAAACAACAUUCUCACAGAUAUGCUCUACAAGGCUCUUUCCAGUGGAUCUCUUGAGUCGAAUGAAACCAUGGUUGAGAGAAAAGACAACGGAUCCAUCGUUCUCACUCCAGCUCAAUCUGCCGCCAUCAGCAGCAACCUCGAGAUGAUCCAAGACUUGAUUAUCAAACCAUCUUCCCCUCUCUGUACUCAGAAACCAGAUCCAGUCGAAUUCGAGUUGGAUCCACUUAUGGGACAAUGGUACCAAGUCAUCUACUCCCCACCAGUUUCUACCGGACCAUGUAGCAUGAUAUCCUACAAGAAAUUGAGCAACAUUGGAGCGGAGCCUGGAUCAAUCAUAGACGUGUAUGAAUACACUACUGACGGAACUCCAUACGGAAAACCAAUAAUCUCAUCUGGAUACGCUGUAUUCAAAGGAAAGGGAGAAAUGAUCUUCAGAACCAACGCCAACAAAGAUGACGUCACUGUUCAUAUGCUCAGCGUUGGACCAUUGAACCACCAAGGAGAGUACGAAUAUAUCGUUAUGUCCACCAACUGUAACUACCCAGUUUACGUCUUUGCCAGAGAUACCAGCAUCUUCAAGCAGAAGUAUGAGCCAAUUGUCAACGAAUUCUUGGACAAGAGCGGAGUUGUCAAUGGAAUCACUCGCUUGUUGAACAUUGUUGCACCAGUUGACAACACUAUGUGCAUCUUCCCACCACAUCUCUUCUAUCAAGGAAAAUAA